AUGCGUCCAGCGCAGAGAAGGAAGAAGGUGGCAACCGGGGUCGGAGCGAGCAAGAUGGUCAAAGUGAGGAUGGGAAAGCGGUCGCAGCUUCGAGCGCCAUCUACCGGUGUACAGCACGCCGACGUGUGCCAGCAGGGGCAUUGGAAACUCAAGUUUGGCGAUGCGCUGCGCCCUCAGCCCGCCUCGGAAAUGAAACUCUCGGCGAAUUCGACGGCCAACCUUGCCGGGCUUUGCGGUUGGAUUUUGGGGGCCGCCGAUGUCGUCGUUGCAUUCACACGUCUCGCACGACCCUCGCAGAGCGCCAAAGCGAGCCGAUGCCAUGCCAAGGGUGCAUGCAAGUAUGCGCUGAACAACGCUGCGGUCGAGCGUGAGCAAGCUCAAUCUCUUCUGAGCCCUUCGUUCGCGCGGAAAGAUAAGGAGGCCCACAACAACUUAACAGCAUUUAUGCGAGCGCCUGCCGCAAUCUCCGGAUCUCGCGGAGAGCUGCGCGAUUUUGCAGCGCUGAGCUGCCACCCAGUGCCACUAGCAGCUGGUGUACCCGAAUCUGCCAUGGCGCGUGGAGCGGGCUGGCGACGAGGUUGUCAUGCCGCAGUCAUCGCAGCCGUUUGUGUCGUCUUGAUGAGCGCCAGCACGUUGGCACACCCGCUCCCAGCGACGGCAGCAGGAAAUGUCUGCAGCUCGCACAUGACGAGCCGCAACUCGAUGUCGACUUCGCCAACCGGCCGUCCUGCGGCCGAGGCGACUCCAUCGACAGAUCUCGACAAUCAAGCUCGCUCUCCGAGCUCACCGUCGUCGCGCGAUGUUGUCGACGAAAGCUUCUCCACCCUGCCAGACGCUACUUCGCCCAAACGCCCGCGUGCUGAUACGCUCGAGUCGUCCGCGGAUCCAGUCCCGUCGCGGCCCGGUCCCUCCAAAGGAACCAAAGGCAAAGCAAAGUACAUACCGAAUCGUGUCAAACGCUACCACGAGAGGUCCUUGGCCGGCUGUCUCACAUGUCGCAAAAGGCGCGUCAAAUGCGACGAGGCCAAACCAAUCUGCCGCAGAUGUGCUUGCGGUGAUCGCGACUGCGCCUACGCGGAGCCUUCCGCUCCUUCCGCAUCGACCGACUAUCCAGAGUCAGUACGAUCCGCUCCGACAGCACCUACGCCGAGCACCAGCUCGCAGCCCCUACCAGGAAUCCAGGUCUCCUCGCUCAUUCACCCUGACCAGCCGGCUCUACUUCCGCCACUUCACUCGGCAUUCACCCUCGGGACGGCAGAUGCAUCCCACUCGUCCCCACCCGACGGGGCCAGUCGCGUCUUCUGGUCACAUCAAACAAAGGUAUCCUCACUGUCUACCUCUCCCCAGUCAGCCCCCGACGAAAGAGACACGAAUGCUCAUCAUCACCAAGCAAACGGGCUGGACCGCGCAUCUGCCACCGCCCAUCACGACCGAUACCGCACAAAGUGGAACAGCGCGUAUUCUCAGCCGGAGGCUUCUUCGCGGCCAGAUACACUACGUCAGCCCAGCGCCGAGUACGACCAUCAUCGUCCGCUGCCCCACUCGCAUGUCUACUCGACACCCUAUGCUUCCUCGCCCAUCGACAUCGCCAAGGUCAAACUGCCAGAGCUGCCGGCCGGGCUCGGCUUCGACAACCUCGAUGCCUACUUUCCUACUUAUGAGCAGCAGUGCCUCUUCCGCCACUACAUCCUCGAGGUGGCGCCGCAGCUCUGUGUCAUCCGCAUCCCGCUCUCGGACAACCGCUGGAUUCUGUACCAUGCCACAUUUGCAGUCAGACAUCCGGCCGGCGAGAAUGGUUACGAGGAUGCCCUUCGCUCAGCACUCUUGAGCAUGGCAAGUCUCGAUAUCGGUCACAAGCUGUCGCAAACGCCCAUACCCGACUCCUUCCCGGCCGAGGCUGCGCGGCCAGACGACCCGUCGCCCCGCUCGGAUCAUCCUGCAAGCAUCAGCACUCGAAGCGUAUCCGGGCUGUCACCGCAUGGCUCCACCCCGCACUUCGGUGCGCCAAAUAUGCGUUCCAACCUGACUCCAGGACUGGGUGGUGCGGCAGACUCGUUUGGAACCGCAAACAUCGUAUCCAAUGUCUUGCUCGAGCUCAGCAAUCUGAGGCGAGAGGAAUGUCUUCGUUUGCUGCGAACCACUCUCAAGGAGAGGCGCGCCCCCCUCGACCGCGGCAACGCUGCCAUCAUGCUCGCCACUGUGCUCGGUCUUGCCACGCGCGAUCGGCUCGCUGCGCAACAGGACUGGCAGGACGCGCUGCACAUUGCCUCGCGCGCCAUCGCCGAGCUCGGCGGACCCGCCGCCUUCGUGGACCAAUCCGAUCCGUCGAGCCUUUUCCUCAUCGAGCAGAUUGCCUGCUUUGACGCACUCAGCUCGCUCACCUCGGACGACUAUACCCUCUUCCUGCAACCGUGGGAUGACUGGUGGUACGCGCUCAUGGACUCUCCGCGCAGCAUCAAGGAGGACAGCGUGCUCCAAACUUUUGGUCUCCAUCGUGGCAUGAUCGACAUGCUCGCUAGGAUGACGCGCGUCGAGGCCACCCGAAGAGAACUGCAGGAACGCACCAGCGUCACCAUCAUUCUGUCAGAGGCGGUCGGCGCCGGCUCACCUCCCACGCUGCCACCAGAGUACGAGGAGACGCGCCUUUGGCUUGAGUCGACGGCACGCGCCCUGGUGGCGGAGAUCCCCAUCUGGGCAAAGAUGCCCUUCCCAGCGGAAGCGUCACGGACGCUGCAGGCGCUUUUACCGGUGAUCAUGAACCACCUCUACGUCGCCACAGCCGAGCUCUACAUCCACUCGGUCAUCUUUUCGAAGCCUGCCGACCAUCCAUGCUUUGCCGAACCUACAGCCGUGGUACUCAACCGCACCGAAGAGGCCAUCCAGGCUGGCAUAACCAAGGGUCUGGUUCUUCCGCUCUCGUUUGCCGCAUUCUCGGCGCGCGGCCACGACCGCGAUCGCAUCCGAGCCAUGCUCAACGAGCUUCGGCCCUACUACAAGUUCGACCUCGAGCGCAUGGAGAAGCUCAACGAGCAUCUUUGGAGUCUGGUUGACAGCGGUCUCACACCCACGGACUGGGGCCUCUUCCUCAAAAGUGUCGGGUGCUUCAACUGGGCCUUUUGA